AAUUCAGACAAAAAUAUUCCAAAACCCCAAUAAAUAUCCUGAAUCCAAACUCUGCCAUUGCUCCAAUCCGAAGAAAACACCAUGAGUUUUCUCGCGGGAAGACAAGCGGCGAAAGAAGCCGCCUUCUUUUUCCAGGAAACCAAACAAUCCGUUAACCGUUUGGCGGAGAAAACCCCCAAAACCCCCUCAUCGAAUCCACCAUCGCUCGAGCAACAAGUUCAAGCCGACGUGCUUCCUGAGGUCCUCAAACAUUCUUUGCCUUCCAAGAUCUUCCGGCAACCGUUCGAUCCUUCGUCUCUUUCAAGGACCUUCAAGUGGGCACUCCAUUCUAAUCCAAACAACGCCUCCAGUUCUUCACCUGAUGCCUUGAACCCUCUCAGGGCUUACGAUUCUCUUCCCCAGGUUACUUUUGGCCCCAAAAGGUGGGAGUUGCCGAGUACGGAGAAUUCAAUCACGGCAUCGACGACUAAUGAAUUGCGAAAGGACAAAUAUACGCCUCUCAAUCCGGAGAAGUUGAAAGCUGCUGCUGAAGGACUUAAGCGAAGUUUGUUCAUUCGUUUCUCUCUCUGUUAGCUUCGUUGAUAUAUCAUAUAUAACUCUGGAAAUUUGAUGCUGAUUAGCUUUGAUGCCAUCUAAUUUGAAUUCG